GAGCGAGAGAGAGAGAGAGAGCGAGAGAGAGAGAGAGACGUCACAGCCUGCCGUUGGCCCGGUUCAGCUCAGCUCAGCUCGGAUCCGAUGAGCCGUUGGUUCUAAUUGGGGCCAGACGGAACUACACCCGGACCUGGAGCCUGUUUAACCCGGGUUAGUCCAGCUCUGGGUCCAACUCGGGACACUUUUCAUUUCUUAUAUACCCGGAAUAAGCACCGUGAGAGAGCCGGGGCGGAGGCAGGGAGUCCGAGCCGCCGUUAACGUAACGUUUCGUGACGUGGGUCCGCCGACACGCUGCUCGUCCUCCCGGUGUGUUCACGGAGUUAUCGAUCCACCUUAUCCGAGAAGUGACCGUCGGAUCGAUCGGUGUGUGAGGAUGGAGAGGAAGAGGACGGACUGUCCCGCUCUUCCGUCCGGCUGGAAGAAGGAAGAAGUGAUCAGGAAGUCCGGGCUGAGCGCCGGGAAGAGCGACGUCUACUAUUACAGUCCUUCAGGAAAGAAGUUCAGGAGUAAACCUCAGCUGUCCCGUUACCUUGGCAACACAGUGGAUCUGGGAUGUUUCGACUUCCGGACAGGGAAGAUGAUGCCAGGGAAAAUGCAGAAGAACAAACAGAGACUCCGACAUGACCAGCUCAUCUUGGCCAAGGGAGGUAAACUGGACCUGAACACCGCUCUGCCCAUCAGACAGACGGCCUCCAUCUUUAAACAGCCUGUUACCAAGGUUACUAGUCAUCCAGGCAACAAGGUGAAGCCAGACCUGCAGAGAGGGGCCGAUCAGCCCAGACAGCUGUUCUGGGAGAGGAGGUUGAAAGGUCUCCGUUCAUCAGACGUCACAGAGGAAGUCCUGCGGUCAAUGGACCUCCCCAAAGGCCUGCAGAGUGUUGGACCAGACACCAGCGAUGACACUCUGCUUUCAGCCAUCGCCAGCGCUCUGCACAUGAGCUCUGCCCCGAUCACGGGACAGACGUCUGUGGCCGCGGAGAAGAACCCGGCCAUCUGGCUCAACGUGUCCCAGCCGCUCUGCAAGGCCUUCACCGUCACAGACGAACACAUCAGGGAGCAGGAGCUGAAGGUGUACCAGGCCAGGAGGAGUCUGGAGGAGGCGCUCAUGGCUGACAGUUUGGCGCGGGCCGCCGAAAACACCCGGGAGCUGCUGGAGGGGAAGAGGGCCUGAAGACGGACGUGGAAGAGAGAGACAGAAUCCUUCUGUUCACCAGCCUCAGGUUUAUCAUCAUCGUCAUCAUCUUCCUCAUCGGAACAACAAACCAAACAAUCACCAGCCAGAGACUCAAACACAGAAACGUCUGUGAACAGAACAACAGCACAUGUCUGAAGCAAUAAAGGGCAUCAGCAAUGAACAUGACACCAGCAACGACGACAACAACAACAACAACAACAACAUAUCAACAAACAACUGCACAAACCGGAACACGAGGAGCAGCAGCAGCAAUAAGUUGAGAAUCCUCGAGCUGAAGCAACAACAGCCGAAGCCUUUCUCUUCUCUGUGAUCUCGACACUCUUUACAAACCAGCGCUUACACUCUCUCACUUUACGACCACAGAGACACGUUUUCUUUCUUCUUACCAAAACAAAGGUGACGAAAACGAUACAAAGACCCUCAGCGAUCCCAAAGUCCGAUUGCAAACUGCUGGACGGCUUUUGCUAACCCUUUUGAACUCUUCUUGUGCUCUUUUUUUUUUUUUUUUUUUUUGGAUGUUUUUGUUGUCCGACUGUCGUCCGCUUUAAAGAAGUCUUCAGGGGUUUUAAUGAAAUAAUGAGUAUUUACAUGAAUAUGAAAUAGAACAAUUGCUUAUUUAAGAUAAAUUUUAUACCUUGAGAGAACAAAUGUACCUGUACAUUUCUUGGAAUGGAGAAAAUAAAUGAUUUUAUUCACA